GGCUCUAGGUGCCGUGUGAGCUCGAGCCUCUCCGGAGCUGCUCAGAAGCCGCGCGAGCAGGAGAGGAGCUGACGGAGGCGACGCGCGCUCAGACAUGGAUGUUUCUAUCAGCGCUGCUGGAGGAUUUCACAGAGUUUCACAGGUCUCCAGCACCAUCUGAUCCCAUCUGCCCUCCGAGGACAAAGAGCAAAUGCCAGUCCAGUGAAGAAAAAGGAUUAAAUCAGGAAUCUGUCGCCUCACUAAGUAGGUGUGAGUAGCUGGCUGCGAUCAUGGGGAACCAGCUGACUGAUAUGGCUCCCAACACGCCGUCCUUCCUGCCAAACUUCCAGUGUCUGCACGUGGUCGUUAUCGGGCUGGACUCGGCCGGAAAGACCUCUCUGCUCUACAGGCUCAAGCUGAAGGAGUUUGUCAAAACCAUCCCCACCAAGGGCUUCAACACGGAGAAGAUCAAGGUGGCGGUGGGGACGUCUCGGACCAUAAACUUCCAGGUGUGGGACGUGGGCGGACAGGAGAAGCUGCGCCCGCUGUGGAAGUCUUACACCCGGCGGACGGACGGGAUGGUGUUUGUGGUGGACUCCACCGAGCUGGAGAGGAUGGAGGAGGCCAAGGUGGAGCUCCACAAGAUCACCCGAACGUCGGAGAACCAGGGCGUCCCCGUGCUCGUCCUGGCCAACAAACAGGACCUGGACGCCGCCCUGUCCGUCGGCGAGGUGGAGAAGCUGCUCUCCGUGCACGAACUGAGCACGUACACGCUGCACCACGUGCAGAGCUGCAGCGCCGUGGACGGUCAGGGCCUGCAGCCGGGCCUGGAGAAACUGUACGAGAUGAUCCUGAAGAGGAAGAAGAUGCUGAAGCACAACAGGAACAGAAAGAGAUGAACUCCGGGGGCUCACGCUGUGGACAGAUUUAUCCACUGUUGAGACACUUCCAAAAGCUUAAUGGUCCCUUUUAAUGGGAGAGCGAUUUGUGCCAACAAAACAACAAUUACAGACGGCCUGAGGGUCAGGAGGAAUGGAUCUGCUCGUAACAAAAGAAGCAGUAUUGAUGGAUUCUUUGUUCUGCGGUCGUGCAGCUGCCCUCUGAAAGAUUAACUUGUAGAUGUAAAGGGAUGUGUGAUAGCAGUUAGUCCUCACUAAGUGCUUUUUUACACUUGUUUUAAAGAAGAAUUUCAACAUAUUUGUUAAGUUUUAGGAGUAAUAUAUAAACACGGUCACAUUAGGGCUGCACAGUUAGUCCAAGUAUUAUCAGAAUCGAGUAUAAGCUGCAGUUUUUUUGAUUAAGAGCGACAAAUCAGGAUUAUAACGUUGUUCUCCAGAUGUUAGAAGAUGUGUUUGUUCGCCACAUCAUCAGGAUUUUAUUAGUUUUUUUCCAUCCAAUAUGAAAUUUGUGAUGCAGAAAAUGAUCAUUCUCACUAAUUAGACCAUAUCGUUAUCCUAAUAUCUGACAAAAUUAUCGCAACAUGAUCGUUUCUACCACAUCGUGCAGCCCUAAAUCACAUCAGUGUGGUAAAGAAAUAUAUAAGAUACGUUUAGAAAAGUCCUUAUAAUCUUUCACAUGCUUGCACAGACUCUGACCCACUUAAUGUCUGUUUUUGUUGAUGCUUCCCCCGAAAUAUUUAUUCCACAUCUUUGUGUUGUUUGUGUUGGACAGAAGGAUUUUCUUUUCUUUUGUAAAAUGUUAUGAAACAGGCCAGAAUUCAGUGGCUGAUCGCCGGAAGCGCCACAUGAUGUUAGAUUUCAUUGCCAUGGAACCAGUAAUCCGAAGUGCAUUCCCUUCAUGGCCACAGAGGUCCAGUUUCAGCUACUUUAACAAUAGUGUUCAUACAAAUUGUAAAUUUUUUGUAACACUGAAGACUUAAUAAAAAUCGAAGCACUGUACAGAAA